AUGACAGGAGAUGAGCACAUCUACAUACGCGAAACACGAAAGUUCAGCCAGGUUGCUGGUCUGCAAGGAACCGCAUUGGGACCGAAAUUUCUACUUGUGGGGAGGCACAUUAGCCUCAAACAGGAAAAACGCCGCGUUGUGCCUGGGCGUGGGUCGGAAAAUUUCGCGUCGCAGGAGGCCCGGGCUGCACCAGAUCAAAACAUCUUGACGCCUGGAUGCGUCGCGACCCGCAGAGAAGUAGAUGCCCAGCAUACAUAUAUAAAGAUGGAGCUCUGCUGGACAGAACAACUAGACCUUCACGCUAGCGAUUGUUUCCAUUCUUGUUCUACAUCUACUUCUUCUACUUCUUCUUUCCUUCACAUAUCUGCCAUCAGCAUCAUUACUGCCACCAUGACCACGACCGUCGACCUUAAAGCAUUGAACAUUUUCACACGCACACCAGUGUCCCAAGACAUGAUCCACAAGUUGGUGGUGACCACGUUGCAAGUGAUUCCUUGUCUGGAUGACAAAAACACCAAAGUUGCAAACAAUGGCAAACCUUUGCCAUCGUUGAUGACUUUCAUUAACAGAUUGGUUCGUUACACCAAUGUUUACACAGGAACCUUGAUGUCCACUUUGGUAUACUUGGACCGUUUGAAGCAAAAGUUACCUCGCACAGCACAGGGAUUGCCUUGCACGCGCCACCGCAUCUUCUUGAGCUGCUUGAUUUUAGCUUCCAAGUUCCACAAUGACUCUUCUCCCAAGAACGUCCAUUGGGCCAAAUACACAGAAGGGCUUUUCUCUCUUAAAGACGUCAACUUAAUGGAAAGACAGUUGCUUUAUCUCUUGAACUGGGACAUGCGCGUGUCCAACGAGGAAAUGUGUGCUCAAUUGGACAAGUUCUUGGCGCCAAUCAGAGAGGACUUGAUCAAGACAACAAAAAUGCGCUCGUUUUUGCACAGACAACAGCAGGCCGUUGCUGCGCAAAUGCAAGUCCACGAAGAGUCUCGUCUUUCGACUCCUUCCAUUUCGAGAAGCUCCUCUGCCUCUUCUACCUUGUCCUUGGGCCAUGCCGCAAGUCACAGCAGGGCAAGUUCUGUCGCUUCUUCAAGCAGCAGAGCCCACUACAGACAGGACUCCUGUAGCCUGUUUGAGUCUGAGAGUCCACUAGAACAGUGCAAGCCACAGUGGAGCACCGGCGCAAUCGAUCCUCGGAUUGAGUUGGCAGCCCGCACGGAAGAGAUGGAGUUGAACAGGAUGCUCAACAACCUCUGCCGUACCAGAGCCGCUUAG